UCUCUAUACAAUCACUUCAACUGAGGACAUGAAUGCUUUUGUUCAGUUUGGUUUUCUGCAUGGAUGUUUGAAGAUUUUGUCAGUCCAGAUAAAAAUGGUUGAUUUCAUCCUUGUUGAAUGCAUGCCACUGAUGGAGACUUUUUAUUGUGUUUGGUAUGUGUGUGCAUGAAGAGAAACAAAUCAUGAUGUCAUAUUUCUCAUAUCAUAACUGCUUCAGAGUGAAUGGAAACAGAAGCUUUCAGUUACUUUGGUGUUUUUUUGUUUGUUUGUUUUUUGCCAGCAGGAAAUUGUUUCAGAUUGCAUUCACAUCACAUCACUGGUAAUGGAAUACUACACCCAGAAAAUUACCAUUUAUAAUUUGUCAAUUAGUCAUGCUGUGUUACCUUGAAUUUGUGAGAAAAAAAAACGUUGCUUUUCUCGCAUUCCUCCAAGGAAAAUAGUAAGCAUAUUGAUUUCCUUAUUGAAUGAUUACAAUGAACAGUAAAACUAUAUCAAACUAACCAUUUACAAACUGUCACACAACUCAGUGUAUUUCUAUAGAACAGUUUGUAUGAUAUAAUUCGAAGCAUUUUUUUCUGACCCUGCCUCCUUACGAGAGCUUGGGACUGCUACUUUGUUUUCUGCCAUCAGCACAUUGGUCACGGGAUCAAGCCUUUAUAAAUACGUGGGAUAUGUACAAAUUUGGGUGCAUUAGUUUUUAUAGAAAAACAGACAAAAAAAUAUUGGGAGAACAGAUUGCAUAACUUGCACAACUUGUGAUGUAAAAUCCAAGUCUCCUUCACAAACACAUGCAUUUUUUUCGCCAAAACAUUACUAUAUAAAACUAACUGCAAGCAAAACUCCUCUAUGAUUUCUUCAAAGUCAGACUCCAGUACUACAUUUUUGUGAAGUACUGAGCAUAUUGUAGAUGAUAUGAUAGAUGAGACUUGGAUUAUACUGCACGAGUUGUGUGAGAGUUUGUAAAUGGUUGUUUUGAUAUCGUUUUGCUGUCGUUAAAUGUGGACCCUAAUCAAUCAAGAAAUAAAUGUGUUUGCCAUCGUCCGUAGAGGCAUACGAGAAAAAAAAGUUUUCCUCAUGAAUUCAAGGUAACACAGCAUGACUAACUGAUUUAGAAAUGGUCAUUUUGUGGGUGAAGUGUUCUUUAAACAGGAUACAGACUAUAGUCAUAAAAACUAGACCAGCAGGUUUUUUGCUAAUUGCCUCAACACACUACGAGCUGGAGAAGGAAGCACAAAAGAGGGAUGUGAAUGUGAACAGAGAAAGGGAAGUGGAGUGAAGCUUUAACUUUUUACAGCUUGAGCUGGCCCCUUUCUUGUAGCAGUAGUGAAGCCCUUGGGGAAGAACUAGAUGUGGUGAGUGACAAGGCUAUGGGUGGGAGGGAGCAUCAGACUGACUGAAGGAGGAGCCUAAAGAGAAGAGAGCCAGCCAAAAGGAGGGGCACAGAUAGGCUUGGCAGAUGUGUUUUGAGAGAACACGAGACAGGAAAUGCCUGCCGGCUGCACAGACAAUCAACUUUUUCACUUUUCACUCUCUUUCUUUCACUUUGGUUAAUUUCUCGUGGAGUGUGUCGGAAACCUCUCUGCUGAUGUUAUGGAUAACUUCCAGACUGUCUUGCGUUUCUUUAUGAACCAGAAAGCCACCAUUGGCUACAGUUUCAUGGCUCUCCUGACUAUAGGUGGGGAGCGAGUCUUCUCCAUGGUUUCCUUUCAGUGCCCGUGCAACCAUGACCAGAACUUUGCCUAUGGGCUGACUUUCCUGCUGGGCCCGGCUGCAGUGCUGCUGGUUUUGGGUCUCUUCUUCAGCACCAGGUUUUGGAGGCUCUAUACCGGCUGCUGCCUCGAUUGCAUGAAGCUGUGCCCCCGUGGGAACUGCUGUGGCUGCCUCAGGGUGUUCCUUAGCAUCUUCACUGGAGCUUGUGUGGCUCCUAUAAUGUGGCUCUCUGUGGCCCUGCUCAAUGGAACCUUUUAUGAGUGUGCUGUCAGUGGUCUUGAUGAUAACCUGGUCGUGGAUCUGUUCUGUAAAAACAAAACUUUGAAAUGUAGGGAGGAGCUUGCCCGAGUGCCCUGUGACCGGUCCAAUCUGUCCAGUGAUGAGCGCAUGGAGCUGCUGCUAAUGUUGAGGGCUCAGUCACAGAUCGCGGGCUGGUGUAUUAUUAUCAUCACUGCCAUUGGAGCCCUCCUAGGUACCUGCAUCACAAACUGUCGCUCCAAAGUCAGCUACCUGCAGCUGACAUUUUGGAAACGCUACAUGGAUAAAGAGAAGGAGCGUUUUGAUACUUUUGCUGUGGAAUACGCCACCAAACUGGCUGAGAGAAACCUGCAGAGUUUCUUUGAGAACAAAGACCCUGAUCCAUUCCCUUUCCCCAACCACAAGGCAUGGGAGGAGAUCUCUGCAUACUACACCUUUUCCAGGAGUGAGGAGUAUUACAGCACCCUGCAGCGCUACGUGGAGAAGGCAAACAGGGACUUCACACCAGAGAAGAGACCUGUAUUGAGCUUUGAGCAUGGAAUAGAAAUGCAUUAAGAAAGACCAGGGAUCACUUGCACAGAACAACUUAAUUUUUCUCCUUAAGUGUGACACUUAAGGUUUAAUUUCUCCUUAGCUGAAGGACUUACACAGUUGCAUUGAAUUCCUUGAAAUAUUUUCUCAGUUAAGGAAACGUUAACUCAUUUACUGCAUUGAAAGAGAUUUUACAGCAGUAAAAGUCUCCAUGGAGAUUGUUUGUUUGCUUGGAUGCCUGUUUCACUCAUGAUGCAUGUUAUUGUCUCACAAAGUUGGCUUAUAGUAAGAUAGUGAAAAAAUGGCAGAAGAAAAGAAGAGAAGAAAACCAUACUAGUUUGAGGAGGAACAGAUUGUAGUUCCGGAGAAAUACAAACCUAGAAAACACAUACUACAAAGUAAAUUUGAUCCCCAAAUACCAGAAAACAGAAAACAAUUGUAGGAUGAAAUUGCAGUGACAAUUAACUCUAUAGUUUAAAAUCAAUAUGGUUCAUCAGCAUAAACUUAGUAAGUAGCAGUUAAGACAGAGUCAGAGGUACCUUAAGUUUUUUUGUUUCUUUGGGGUUUUUUUUUUCCGGGGGUCAAGGGAUUCCUUAAGUAUAAGACCAAGACAAGGGGAAACCAUAAACACUUGAGUGAACAUUUUAAGGAAACCUUAAAGAGAAGACUUAAGGGUGUUUUGUGCAACCAAUUUAAUUUCAGGAAACCUUAACUAGGAAGGGAAUAUCUUGACUUAAGGUGUUUUGUACAACUGCCUCCAUACUGUGGUGAGACUAUUAGAUACUCAUCACUCUUGGUAUGUAACUCUUAGUCUAUAGUAUAUGCAAGCAUGACUUGGGAGAAGCUGUCCUAGGCUGCCUCUUCACUGACAAAGCUGCCCUUUCACUCGAAGAAUGUGACUAUUUGCAAGCUGCAAUGGUACAACCUGUAAGCACGUGAAAUAAUUCAGGGCAUAACCACUACUUUUUUUACACACUACUUCUCACUGCCUCUGUAUGCAUUUAAGCCCCCCUAGUACUAACAAAUUUUGACUCACUUUGGAUUUGCAAAGUAACUUGUUGGUUCGUGUUGUGUUUGUAAACAGGCUUAAAGUGAAAGUCAACCCCAGAUUCACUCUCAUUUUGGAAUGACCUUUGUCCACUUGCCAUUUUGCCUCACUAUAUUUGCUUUUUUUCCAGCAUUGUGUCCAUGAUUUUCAUAGCUUUCUUGUGGAUGCAUGCUCCUUACAGUCUCGUAUCUGGUCACUACCUUUUUAUAAAGCCUACACCAUCCCUGCUUUUGUGCCCAGGAACAGGGGUGCAGCACCAAAUUCCUCUCUUGAUUCAUGUCUCUCUCAUGCACCUUUUGAAAAUACAUAUAUAUAUAUAUAUAUAUAUAUAUAUAUAUUUUUUUUUUUUUUUUAUUUUUUUUUUACAAAAUCAGGUUUCUUUCUUAAUUUAUUUUAUUUUAUUUUAUUUUUUGGAACUCCGAUUUCCCUUUCUUAGGAAAAGACAUGACAGUGUAUUUUAGUGCCCCAGCAGCAUAAACUCGUUUGGCUCUAGCUGGGUUCCAGUCCUAGUACAUGGGCUAAAGACUAAACAGUUUUGUGCCUUUAGGAGUGAGAGAGGCCUCAGAGAGACCCAAAACUCAGUUUUAACCAAUUCAUUCAGCCAGUUUGAAUUUAGUUAUAUGAUAGUCACCAGUGAUAAGGAAAUACAGCAAGUGCUGGACAGAGCAGUGAGUGACAACAACCCCACACACAUUUAAGAGUACUGUUUGUGGUGGAAACACUAAACUAACCGAGGGUCUAGGUACCAUAUCUGAAUAGUUACCUUCGAUUCCAAAGGUACUAAACUGAAAAUGUUUGGUGGAAACGGGGCUUCAGAAAGUACAGGCAGAAGCCAGCCACUGCAGAUAAGUACACUGCCACACACUGAGAGUGGGUUAAAAGUAUUGAUUGAGAGGGAUUUAUGACUGUUUUUAGGUAAAUCCUGUAUAGUUUAACUUUAACUACUUUACAGUCAUUUCAUGCGGUCAGGCCCGUAGCUAUGACUGAAUACACUAAGGUCAUAAUCCUUGCUAUUAUUUCUGAGAAUUUAGGGGUUCUAGCAGCCAUUAGGACAAUGGUGGUUCUACCCCAUUACAACAGACUGUUGUUUAAUAGGGGACAGAUAAAUCAACUCUGACACUAAAGUAAGUUUGUAUUUUUCAUCCAAAAUUGUUGCACAGUUAAAAAAUAAGUACAAUUUCACAUUGUGUCAGCCACACUGAUUCUGAAACAUGUUUUUGGUACAGUUUAGAUUUUCUGUGAUUUUUUGCAUUCGCCAAAAGUCUAGAGAGUUGUUUGACCAAGAAGCAGUGCGGAAAAUGUGGCAGUGGUACACAACAAGACAGAGGAACGGGGCGUAUGGUAUCAUUCAGAGAUGGGGACUCGAGUCACUGUGACUUGGACUCGAGUUGACUCGAGUCACUGUUUUUAAGAUUUGUGACUUGACAAAAAAUAAAAGACUUGAGACUCGACUCGGACUUGUAAGUUAAAGACUCGGGACUUGACUUGAGACACGAUGACUUGAAUGACUGGCGUGUUAUUCACAUCAUGUUUUCGGUUUGAAUAUAAAAUUAAUAAAUUAAUUUAAAAAAAAUAAAAAUAAUGUCGAUUACCCGGUAGGAGCGCAGGCUGAGAAUGGCGUUGUCAUGAUUGGAUUACUACCCUGUCAAUCAGUCAUGCCCUCUCUAUGUACCUUAUGUGUUUAUUGGAGAAACACGCCCUCUUAUAUCAGAUAGGCAUCAACAUGUCAGUGGGAGGGGUACCGAGAGUCAUCGUCUUCGGCUUUCAGAAUUAUCAUUAUUACGGCAAAAGACGAACAGCACAGUGCAAGACAUGCGGCAUAAACAUCUCGGACAGCCAGAUGACAACUUCAAACUUUGUUCGUCAUUUGAAGAGCAAUCCUAAGUGCUUGUCAAUUAGCUAAUAUUAUCUUGUUAGUCGGUAGUUAGCUAACAUUAGCUUGAUAUGAUACGAGGGUUGGGUGGGGGUCAGUUUGGUGGAACUUGUUUUUUAAUUUAUUUGCUAACAUUAAUGAGCUAAAUGGGUGAUUUUGGCCGCUGCCUUGGUUAGUGUGUGUGUGUGUGUGUGUGUGUGUGUGUAUGUGUGCGCGCGAGCAUGGGGGUCGUCCCUGCAAAGUAAACAUUGCAGCGAUGAAGUCAAUGUUUACUGACAGUUACUUGUCUUUUCACUUUAUUAAGAUCAGAUUCUGCAGGUAAAAUUACAAUAAUAAGGUGACUUGACCUAUUACAGGAUUUGACUUGACUUGACUUGACAUAACCUGUGACUUGACUUGACUUGACUUGCCCAAGAAAAAAUGACUUGGGACUUACUUGAGACUUGAAGGUUAAGACUUGAGACUUACUUGAGACUUGCACAUGUGUGACUUGGUCCCAUCUCUGGUAUCAUUUCCCAUCAUAGAUGGCCUCCGUUCAACAUGUCAGACAGUAACAUUCAGGUGGAUGAUGAUGGCGAGGAGGAUGUAACAGAGGACAGCACACAGAGGGAAGAGAGAGCAAUGGAGUGGAGAGGGUAUAACUACCUAAAUUAAGAAUUCCAAAAUAAUAUUUCCAUGGCCUUCAAUCAAUAUUUGUGGACAUGAGCAAGUCUCCCUCAAAGCCAGAAACCAGAGAAGAAAGUCUCAAACUUGUGAUGUCAUAGGGUAUAAAGUCUUUUGUUUAAAUUUUGUGGACCCACACUUUUUUUGUUUUCUUUUUUAUCCUCAGAUGAGUUUUAUUCCAUUGUAGUGCUCUCAGUUUUGAAACAGAAAAUGUUCCCAUAUAUUCAGAACUUUCUCCUGGCUGCUCUCAGUUAGCCUGGUGAAACCAUCCUGAUCUCACAAGCUCAUAUUCGAUUUCGCUCCGGAGAUCAGUCAACGAUCAGACAACGACAACGACAACGGUUUCUCUAAGAACCGAAAAGUUUGUCCUUUGCGUUUUAGAAAACUUCCACGUUUAUAUGACGACGUUAUUGAAACGAUCUCUGUUCACAUGGAGUCGCAAAAUUGAGUAAGGUAAAUCUGCAGUACCGGAGGCUGCAGUUUCAGGACCGCAGUUUUAGGACCGUUUAAUUUCCCGAGCGGAGGCUGCAACCUGAAGUUUAUUUUUAUUUUUUUGCUAUAUCCAAAUACUACUUUCUUAUUAAAUAGUUAUAAUCAGUGUUGGGCAGUAACGCGUAAUUUGAUUGAUAAAGCCCAGGUAACUAUACAUUACCAUUGUAUACCCUCACCCACACCUAAACACCCGUUCUGGAAUACACAGUGUUGACCUGCCCGGCCUGACCUCCACGGUCCUCUGUGCUCCUCUCACCCACACUUGAGCAUUUGUCCAGGGAGGGCCAUGGAGGUCAGGCCAGGCGGGCUGACACUGUGUAUCCCAGAACGGGUGCUCAAGUGUGGGUGAGAGGAGUGGAGAGGACUGCGACGAGGUGGAGUUGCUACAGUAGAUUUACACUUUGCUGGAGAAGUGUUGAUAAAAUCAACAGGGUGAGCAGCAUAAACAAAGCUCGGCAUUGUUGUUGUGAUGGUCGACUUUCUCGUGGAUGCCUAGUGACUGGAACCGUAAUGCGCAUGUGCCAAAAGUCUCCGUUUUCAGAGGGACUGCAUAUUGCAAGUUUACACGACAACGGAGACGGUGCCGUUUCCAAAAAAUUGCACUCUGGAACCCGUUUUCAAAGCGUUGCGUUUUCAGGCACCCAAAAUGCAGCUGUCAUAUAAACAAUCAGCCAAAACGCAACUAAAGUUUACCGCUUUCAGUUGAACUCGUUGUCGGACCUGAAACUGCGAUGAUAAAUGUGUUGAACGAACUGGAAAGUACAUUUUCUUUAAAAGCAGAGCAAACGGCUGCACUGAAAGCUUUUAUUGAAAAAAAGGAUGUGUUUGCCAUCCUUCCUACGGGUUUUGGUAAAAGUUUAAUUUACUAAAUGGCUCCAUUGAUCAGGAAAAAGAUGGGACUCAAUGAAAGCCCAGUGGCUAUUCUUGUUUCUCUGCUAGUUGCUCUCAUGGAGGAGCGGGUCAGGGAAGCGACCAAGCUGGGAAUCAUAGCCAUGCAACUUGGAGUCCACAGUGAGGAGGAAAUCCGCAGCGGACAUUGCCAAAAGACGGCAACACUCUUUCCCAGACAUCAUCACAGCUCAUCUCCACUGCAGCUUGCUGGUCUGUUUACAGUGGCAUUGUGCUAGCUUACGUCACACGUUUCGUUUACUCUGAUUGGUUUUCCGUCUUUCCAAUUGCCUGAAGGGGCACUUUGAGUGAAAGCAGUUGUUACCGCCCCUCGGGAAUAGAGGAAAUGUACACUCCGUGUCCAGACUCAUUCGAGUUUUGCGAAUUGGGUCUGGCAAUGCCAGGCUAGCUCUCGGUGUCAUCUAGAAUAUCUUUCACCAUUUAUUGUCUAUGGAUCAGCGCCAGACUUUACACCCUAUGAAAUCACACAUUUGACAUUUAGCACUCUAGUUUUUGGAUUUGGGAGAGAGUUAUUCAUGUUUAUUAAUAUUUUGGACUGUCCUAUACCACAAGAAUAACAUGUAUGAAUUUUGAAAAUAAAGUGUUUCUAGAGACAUAUCCUUUCAUAGAUAUGCAGAGACAUGAUGUUGGGGUGGGGUGGGGCUCAAGUGCGAAUUAUAGCAGCAUUUUAGGGGUUGCUACAAGCCUGUUUACUUUUGUUGGGGUUUUGGGGGCAACUUGGACUUAUUUUUUAAUCCUGGCUAUGACCCUGGUUGCAUUUUUGAUAAAUAAUUAAUCCAAAAACUGACAAAGUGUACAAAAUGCUAAAAUAAAAACCCUGCUUCAAGUUUCUCUUGUUUUAUUAUGCCUCCGCGCCAUCGAUAGCUGUGGCAGGAGGCAUUGUUUUCAGGUUGGUCACCCGUCUCUGUCCUGUAAACGUAAUAAUUCAGCAACACCUCAAGGGAAUUUCUUUAACUUUGACAUAAACUGACUGGACUGAAGAAUUAACUGUUUAAAAUUUUGUGGUCAAAUGUCAAAGGUCAUUGCCAGUGUGACCUCACAAAACAUGUUUUUGGCUAUAACUCAAGAUUUCAUAUAAUAAUUAUGACAAAACUUCACACAAAUGUCUAAUAAGAUACAAUCAUGAAGUGAUGACCUUUUAUAUCCAAAAGGUCAAAGGUCAACUUCACUGUGACAUCAUAAUAUUCUGCAUGAAACACUCUUCUGCUUAUUACUCAAUAGCAUAUCUCAGGAAAAGAAGGGGGGACAUUUGGUCAUCUUCUGUGCUGUCAGGGGAAGAAUGUGUGAGAAGCAUCCAUGUUUUCACUGACAUGGAUGUAAACUGUAAUUUUAGUUUAUAUAGUGUGUGUGUGUGUGUGUGUGUGUGUGUGUGUGUGUGUGUGUUUGU